CCUAUAUGGCAUAUCCCGCUUCCUCUGACCACCAAUAUAUUGCCAAUAUUGGAAUUGGUCACCAGUCGACCGUGAAAGCCACAAAGGGCUUGAGUUUGAAGGAGAGAGCGAAGGCUUUAUUCCAUGGACAUUGAUGAACUUACUUCUUCCCUUUCAUUUUCUGUUUUGUAAUAUUUUUAUUUAUCGGCAGGUCUGUUCUGGCUAUGUAUCCUGGCUUAUAUCCUGUAUUUUAGUACCCAAAUGUCCUUCCAGUAUCACCCUAUUACACUAUUCUUUCAUUAUCACAUCCCUUUUAUUCCCAUUUGUCUUUGGACAGUGCCAUGUAUCUAUCUAUCCACUAUGCUGAAGUGAGGUCAUUGGAGGAUGUUAGAUUACAUUUGAUCCCGCUAUCUUGAUUAUUGUACACUGAAACAUGACGAGCAGCUCUUGUUUUUUUGUUGGUCCUAUAACUUUAAGCGAAAUGAACACCGUACAUAGACCGUGUCAUCUUUUGGCAUGAACAUACAAUCAUUGCCUACAGAAUACUCGUUCGUGGCCCUUUCUCUCAACCCUGAGGCGACAGUUUCCAGUUUGGAGAACGAGGAGCUCACUGCAGCUUGUCGGCGACUGCAGAGAAAGACAUUUGUCGCGUUGGUUGGCGAGCGACGCCAGUUUUUCAUGCCAUGGGAGCCAUACCAUUCUUGGCAAUUUUAUUUGGUAUUCCAAGGUCUUAGAGAGGAGGAUGCAGCGCGAGGAAUCGAGCCCGAAAUGUCCGUUCCCAUCCUCCCUAACACGACCCAUCCUUUGUGCCGCCAAGCGCUAGAUCCAGGAUAUGCAUUACCGUGGAACGACUGUUACUUCUCUGAAUCCAUACAGUUCGAUGCUCGCGUAGCUACGUGUGUGACUGGAGAAGAGCCGGUAUAUUACGCCACUUCGGAAGAAGUAGAGCGGAUCCAGAGAUAUUUCGAGGAGGAUGUACAACGUAGACGGGUGUUGAUGCCGCAAAUAGUGGCAGUUAGAGCUAUCACGGGAAAUGCUAGGGACAUUGAACACAACCACGCGGAGUCGGAAGCGCCCUGGGCUUCGAGCUUCGUAGGGGAGAGUGGUUCAAUGGAUAGAGCACGAGGCGAAAAUUCUGCCAGUGCAUCGUCGAGAAAAGGCAGUGGAAGUGAUGCAAGAAUAAUGCUUGACGAGAUGACUGCUCGGCCACAUAGCAAUCUAGUCGUUGUUGAAGUAUCUUUCGACCUUUCGUCCACCGCUCAGAUACAUUGUCCAGAUGAAUUCUUCAAAGAAAUCGCGUCGCUAAAAAGACUCACAAUCGAAUUGGAGAACACAAGAAUGCAACGCGAGGUUGAGAAUGCUCAGCGUAUUGACCAAGAGUACUUUGCAGCUGUGCAGGCACGAAAUAAACACCCACGAGCCUACAGCGCGCGCAAAUGGCACGUUAGGAUUAUGGCGAGCAUGAAGAACAUGUUUUUGAGAUAGCAUACCCCUUGUAUCAUGCUAAGUUAUGUGUAUACGCCUGCCCUCACUCCGGUUACAUUGGACAUUGGCAUCGUCAUAAUAACAACUCAACCAUUACCUUCUAUUGCCAGUAUAAAAACGGGAGCUUGCCUCGUAACUUCUUUUACUGGUGUGUCUGUGUGGUUAAAAUAAUAUU